AAGAAGACGCAAGAGGCGAGGCACAAGCAGGAAGUAACUGACCUGUUUUGUUUCCAUUUAGUUUUCACCCACCGCUUUUUCUUUUUGGAAAUUGUUAUUAGGAAAUAACUGGUCAGUUAUACUUUAUCUUGUAAUUACGCAAGCUAUACAGUGACAUAGUAUCGCUGGAAAUAUAAGAUCUCAGACAACCACAAUGAACCUGGAAAGACUGCCAAACGAGGAGAAACUUAACCUAUGCAGAAAGUAUUAUUUAGGUGGAUUUGCCUUACUGCCGUUCCUGUGGCUUGUCAACGUGGUUUGGUUUUUCAAAGAAGCUUUUUUAAAGCCAGCCUACACAGAACAGCUCCAGAUAAAAACAUAUGUGAAACGCUCUGCACUGGGGUUGCUGUUAUGGCUGGCAGUACUCACCACGUGGAUCACAAUUUACCAGCACUACAGAGCUGAAUGGGGCGAGAUGGGAGACUACAUCUCCUUUACAAUUCCACUGGGGAUCCCUUGAGUCCUUUUUUUUAAUUUUUCAUUUGGCCUCAGGCUGUAUCAAUAAUGUGUUCAAUCACUAAUUCCUUAUGUGUGUGAAGAAUGACUGUUUAACAGGAAAUGUUGAAAGCUUUAGUUUAUAAACGUUUAAGUUAAGUGUGUGGAGGUGCGUUGUUUUUACAUUUUGUUAUGAAUGACUGUAAAAAAAAAUGUUACUUCAAAUUCCAAACAUGUUUUCCACUCAUGAUUAAAACAAUGACAGAUUUGUCAA